UCAUGGCGAAAGCCUAGACUGUCGUUCCAGGCGAUACUAGCUUUGCUUUGCUCCUCCUUAACCCAACCCUAACAACAAUCAUCGAAUCCAAAUGCCUCCAAGCUUUCGCACAAAAUUUUGUGCCUUUUUUCCCAUUCUCAAAUUCUAGUCCGACUCACACACAGGACUAGUACUAUAACGUUUUCGAUUUUAGGGUUCCACAUUCGGCUUCGUAGUUACCUGUAAGAAGAGAAUCGAACGCUUUUGUACUUGUUUUUUCAUUCUUAUUUGCUACUAGAUAAAUAUUUGAAAUGGCUACUGCGGAGCCCGCUGCUGCUUCUCUUGGUCCACGGUAUGCGCCUGAUGAUCCCACCCUUCCGAAACCUUGGAAGGGUUUGAUUGAUGGAAGCACGGGUGUGUUAUACUACUGGAAUCCUGAAACGAACGUCACCCAAUAUGAAAAGCCAGCCUCUUUGGCACCACCUAUGCCGGUUGGCCAGCCUACUGUUGCUUCUACGCCUAAGUUGGCUGCAAUACCAAUGGCCCAGUCAAUGCCAGCAAAUGGUGUGAUAGCUCAGCACGGGCAGCAGAUAACACAAGCCCCACAACAGCAGGGGCAACACAUGAGCCAGUUACCUCAACAGCACAGUCAAUUAAUGGCACAACAGCAGAGUUCAAUGGUGGCACAGGUUUCUCACCCGCAGGGAUCUCAAAUGGUGCAAGGGGCACAGCAACACGGUUCUCAAAUGGGACAACACUUGCAACAGCAGGGGCAACCCCCAGUGUCACAACCACAUCACUUCAUGCAGCAAAUGAUGCAGUAUCCAGCUCAGCAUAUCCCGCAGCAGCAGCCAAUCCAGCACAUGCCUCAGCAGUCAACUCAGCAAGUGCUGCAGCAGCCUGGGCAGCAAAUGCCACAACAAGCCAUUCAGCAAAUGCCCCAGCAGCUGGGGCAACAAACACCACAGCAUCAAGGUUCACAAAUGGCACAACCGCAAGCGCAUCAAUUUACACAUCCUCAGCUGCAAUAUAUGGCAUAUCAGCAAAGCAUGAUUCCACAAGGGCAGCAAAGUUCACAGCAGCAGGCCCAGCAUGAUGCACAAGGGCAGCAAUUUGCAAAUCAACAGGAGUAUAAGGCAGCAUUCCCAAAUAGGGAGGAAGUUGAUUUUCAAAACAGAAACCAAAUUGGAUUUUCUCCAUCCCAGUUCCAGCAACCUGGGACCUCAUCUAUUCAUAACCUGCCUGCUGGGAGCAAUUCAGUUCAGAUGCCUCAGAUGGGUGUUCAUUCAGGUCAAGCCCAACAAUAUGGUGGCUCUUUGGGGAGCAUGCAGCAACCCUCUAUGGGUCAAUUGCAGCAAACUAGGCCUGAUUUGGUUCACCAGCAACAUGGUCCUAGAUUUCAAAAUCAGUUGGGCCCAGCAAUGAUGCAUAGUCAGCAGUCUAAUGUGCCCCCUGUUGGAUCAAAGGUGGGGCAUGAGGAUAACUUACAUGGUAGAACUGGAAAUGAAUACUACUUUAAUGCUAACAAGGAAGGGCCAACUGGUCCCCAAGAUCCCAAGCUUGCAGUAAUACCUAUGGCUAGAAACCCUCAGGAGAUGAGGAUCAGUGGUGCUCCAUUUCAAAGUCCCAAGCCUGGUCAUGCCAAUGCAGUGAAUGCUGUCACAGGACAUGCCAUGCAUAUGCACGGCCAUGCAGCAGGUGGUCCUCCAUUCUCAAGUAAUGCUUUGAUGAGGUCUCCUUUUGUGGGAUCUACAGAUGUUACUGGUCUCUCACCUGUUGAAGUUUACCGGCAACAGCACGAAGUUUCAGCAACGGGGGACAAUGUUCCAGCACCAUUCAUGACAUUUGAAGAGACUGGAUUCCCUCCAGAGAUAUUGAGAGAGAUAUAUUCGGCUGGAUUCUCAUCUCCCACACCAAUUCAGGCGCAGACAUGGCCGAUUGCCUUGCAAAGUAGGGACAUAGUGGCAAUUGCAAAAACAGGUUCUGGGAAAACAUUGGGCUAUUUGAUCCCUGCCUUCAUGCUUCUUAGGCAUUGCCGUAAUGAUCCUCAGAACGGCCCAACAGUGUUGGUUUUGGCUCCAACCCGGGAACUUGCUACACAGAUACAAGAAGAAGUCAUGAAAUUUGGCCGAUCAUCCGGAAUCUCCUGCACGUGCUUAUAUGGUGGUGCUUCAAAGGGCCUACAGCUAAAAGAAUUAGAUCGAGGGGCAGAUAUUGUUGUGGCAACUCCUGGUCGGCUAAACGACAUCCUUGAGAGUAAGAAGAUUGACUUUAUACAAGUUUCACUUCUUGUGCUUGAUGAGGCUGAUCGAAUGCUUGACAUGGGUUUUGAACCUCAAAUUCGUAAGAUUGUGAAUGAGAUACCCCCACGCAGACAAACUCUUAUGUACACAGCAACUUGGCCCAAAGAAGUAAGAAAAAUAGCUGGUGAUCUUCUUGUCAAUCCUGUCCAGGUUAACAUUGGCAGUGUCGAUGAGCUUGCUGCAAACAAGGCUAUCACACAGUAUGUUGAGGUUGUUCCACAAAUGGAGAAGCAGAGGCGCUUGGAGCAGAUCCUUAGAUCCCAAGAACGAGGUUCAAAGAUCAUUAUUUUCUGUUCCACAAAGAGAUUGUGUGAUCAGCUUGCACGUAGUAUUGGACGUAGUUUUGGGGCUGCUGCAAUUCAUGGAGACAAGUCUCAGGGUGAGAGAGACUAUGUUUUAAAUCAGUUCAGGAGUGGAAAGUCUCCAAUAUUAGUUGCGACGGAUGUUGCUGCCCGUGGGCUUGACAUCAAAGAUAUAAGGGUGGUAAUCAACUAUGAUUUCCCUACCGGGGUUGAGGACUAUGUCCACCGAAUUGGAAGAACUGGGAGGGCUGGUGCAACUGGAAUGUCAUACACCUUUUUCUCUGAGCAGGACUGGAAAUAUGCAGCUGAUCUGAUCAAAGUUUUGGAGGGGGCUAACCAGCUUGUGCCCCAAGAGGUGCGAGAGAUUGCUUUACGUGGUGCACCAGGUUUUGUCAAGGAUCGGGGUGGGAUUAGCCAUUUUGAUUCUGGUAGUGGUGGUGGUGGUUAUGGUCGUUAUGAUUCUGGUGGGCGUGGUGGCAUGAGGGAUGGUGGCUUUGGUGGGCGUGGUGGCAGAGAUGGCAACUUUGGUGGGCGUGGAGGCAUGAGGGCUGGUGGUUUUGGUGGACGAGGUGGCAUGAGAGAUGGUGCCGUUAGUGGGCAUGGUGGGAGAAGUGAUUUUUUUCCUGGUCGUAGCAACAGGGGACGUGGGUUUGGUGGUCCUAGUGGUAGUAAUGUUGGUUGGGGUAGGAAUGAUCGUGGCCCAUAUGAUCGGUACAACAAUAUGGAUGGGCGUGGACGGGGACGUGGGCGGGGAAGAUUUGACAACAGAAGAGACGUUGAUAGGAAGAGAGGCAGAAGUUAUAGCCGUAGCCCUGAAAAAGUUAGAACAUGGGGUUAUAGCAGAAGCAGCAGCCGCAGCCGCAGCCGCAGCCGUAGUCGAAGCCGAAGUAGGAGUAGGAGCUGGAGCAGGGGUCGUAGCUACAGCCGCAGCCCUCGCCGCAGCCGUAGUUGUAGCUACAGCCGCAGCCCUCGCCGUAGUCGCAGCCGUAGCCACAGCCGCAGCUAUGACAAAUAUGAGAGGCCACAUGAAAGAAACUCCAAUGAGAAAGAUGUUACGAUGCCUGCAUUUGAGGCUGCGCCUGAAUCAGGGAUGUCUCCUAUGUCCCCAGGCACACGAGGGAAUGCAUCCCCUGGAGCCAAUCUCAUUGCACAGCUACCAGUGGUUGAGAGUACCGAAGCAGGGCUUCCAGAGGAUGCUGUAGUCUUGUCCCAUCAAUCAGCUGCUGCACCUUAAGUCGUUCUUUGUGUUAGUGAGGGUGAUUUCUGGUUUUGUGUUUAUCAAGUGGCUCUUUUGACCUCUCACAUAUAAGACUGGCUUCCUAAUGAGAUUUUGUUGACAGCAAGUUGAGGUUGGGUCAUAUGGGUUGGAAUAGCUAAUGUGUUAGAUGUGACCAGCCGGCCUGCUUCUACGUCAUGGGUGGAUAAUUGUUUUAGGAUGGAUAAUUGUUUUAGGAUAAUUGAGGGUGGUUUCUGGACAUUCAAGUUCAGGGUAGCUCUUCGAACUCAUUUUUGUGCUAUUCUGAUCUAGUGGUGGUUCAAUUUGAGUGCUGGGAAGGGUAUUUACUGUGAUAAAAAAAGAAAAAGAAAAAGAAAGUAGGUAUUUCUAGGUGGAAUUUGGAUGGACAAUAUAGAUAUAGUUCCUUCCCUAUAUCUUUCCAAUGUUCUCACAUUUACUUGGCAAUGUCAUGAAUUAAUAUAUAUUUUUUCAAUUUGUACUUUA